CCCAAGUCAAAUGUGGGAAUCCAAAACAUCGAUCCCCAAGACGCAUCAACACCAAAUCUCAAGAUCUCAUCAAGUUCAACACCGACAUUGUUUGGAUUUGGUUUCCGUUUCCGGCCUUGUUCACUCUCUAUGAUCAGUGGAUUCACUACUUUCGUAUCAGAUCCCACAGUGUUUGAGUUAAACUCAUCACAAUGAUGGCUGUGAUUCCUCAUCUUUGGGUUGCUUGCUUGUUCAUGGCCUUGGCCAUCACACGUACGUUAUCUUAUCACCGAGUGGUACCUGCGAGACUUCCAGAUGCAUUUAGUCAAGAGACCUUAGUACCCCAUGAAUAUUCUCGCUAUUCAGAAGUGAAGGAUGCUUGCAAAUUGAUCCUUAAAUCGGCUUCCAAAGAUAAAAUUAAUGCCAAUAGAGCCUCAAGCAUCAUUCCGGAGCUCAACUUCAUCAUGGGAGAUUGGAGACAAGAUCACGGCACAGCCCCUUUAAUGCCAUUCGAUGCAAGUGAUGCACCACAGAGCAGUUCUGUUCUUCCUGAUCCUGCACACCUGGUUACAUUUGCCCUGACUCAUGUUGAUCUGGCAACUACUUCCAACAAUGCAUUCAAUGUCAGUGGAGAACUGAGCAUAGGCUUGUUUAGAAAUGGCACUGGUCUGGAAGUAAACCAUUUCUUUAAUCCAGAGUUCAGAUUCUGGCCUGGGAAUUCGGAACUCAGGGUUUCUUUUGAAGGGAUAUAUGUUGAAUCCGAGAAGAAUGGUGGUGAAAGGGUGCUUUGUAUGCUGGGGAAUGCUUUACUCCCUUCCCGUCAGCCUGAUUCUGCAGAUCCAUGGGAAUGGGUGAAUGAUGCCCGCAUGAACAAGUACCAACCUCCUCUCCUUGAGGAUGACAAAGUUCUUCUCGUACUCCACUAUCCAAAGAACUUCACCUUGACUACAAGGGCUGCGCGAGGUGAACUGAGAAGCCUAAAUCAAGUAUCCAGCAUCAGGUACUUUGACAAGAUCUCACUUGUCUCUCAGUUAGGUGCUUAUUCAUAUUACCAGUAUGGUUCUGAAGAGCUUGUGUCAAAGGCCUGCAGCCCAUACCCUUAUCCUAAUGAUUCAGUGCGUGGCUGGUUCGAACUGUAUAAAGGGGUUGGAUUAUGUGAGGUACUCGAUCGAUUCAUCAAUGGACAACUUUUAAAUGUUGUGCCAAACUGGAACUGUAAUUCCACUGAUGAGUAUUGCAGGAAGUUGGGACCUUUUGCUACUGAAAGGGAGAUCAAUGCAACAGAUGGGGGGUUUGACAAUGUCAAGCUAGCGAUGCAAGAUGUGAGAUGUGAGUCGAGAAUGGAAAGUUAUAACAAAACGUCUGCCAAGGUUUCUGCUGUUUUUAGAGUGAUUUCUCCCUGGGAGAACCAGUAUACUGCAGUUCAAAGGAGUGGCCUUGAUAACACAACUCUUUCGGUGGAAGGAAUAUGGAAUUCAUCCUCAGGGCAGCUUUGCAUGGUCGGCUGUCUCGGACUGACAGACAGAAAUUGCCACUCUCGUAUAUGUUUAUAUAUUCCUACAUCCUUCUCGAUCAACCAAAGAAAUAUUAUUUUUGGGAGAAUAUCCAGCAUAGAUGAUCACGGUAACAACUCUUUCUUUCCAUUGUCAUUUGAAAGACCAGUACAUCCAUCUGAAAUUUGGGACAAGUUGAGUAAUACAUAUCUGUCAUACAAGUAUUCCAAGAUCAAGCUAGCUGGUUCUUUUCUUGAACGGAGUGAGCCCUUUGAAUUUGGUGCUAUUAUUAAGAAAUCGUUCCUAAGUUACCCCAGAAAGAGUGAAAAGAAUGAUGAACUAGUCGGUCUUUCUAGUCUUGCGGAUGACCUCACGCUUCACAGCAGUGCAGUUCAAGAUCCAUUGCCCAAAGUGCGGACAGACCGGCCUUUUCUCCAGAUGGAGAUACUUUCUCUUGACAAAUUGUUUGGGCGGUACUGGACUUACCAAUACCAAAAUUCAUCAAGCACAAAGGAGAAGAAUCCGGCUUCCACCAAAGAUGUAUCCACCGAGAGAAAGUUGCUUCUGAAUGUAUCAGCUGAGCUCACUCUCUCGGGUAAGUUGUACAGCAAUGUUUCAGUGCUCUACUUGGAGGGCCUUUAUAACCCAGUCAGUGGAAAAAUGUACUUGAUUGGAUGUAGAGAUGUGCGUGCAUCUUGGAAAAUCUUGUUUGAGAGCAGGGAUCUUGAAGAUGGACUUGAUUGCUUAAUUGAAGUAAUAAUAGAGUAUCCACCAACCACUGCUCGUUGGCUCAUGAAUCCAACAGCAAAGGUCUCCAUCAUAAGCCAAAGGACUGAGGAUGACCCACUCCACUUUAGCCAGAUCAAACUCCAAACUCUGCCAAUUUUGUAUCAUGAGCAACGGCAAGACAUACUCUCAAGGAAAGGAGUCGAGGGAAGUCUCCGCAUUCUUACACUUUCUAUUGCAGUAGCUUGCAUAGUGUUCCAAUUAGUCUACAUUCGAGAUAACACUGCCUCUGUUCCUUACAUAUCUCUUGUUAUGCUUGGGGUCCAGGCUCUUGGUUACAGCAUUCCUCUGAUCACUGGGGCAGAGGCUCUGUUUGCUCAGUUGAAAUCUGAGACGUAUGACUAUCCAUCCUAUGGUUUUGAAAAGAACCAAUGGUUCCAGAUUAGUGACUAUUUAGUGAAGAUCCUUGUCCUAGGUGCUUUUCUGCUCACUCUGAGGCUUGGCCAGAAGGUCUGGAAGUCCCGAAUCAGACUCCUGUCACGAACUCCUCUUGAACCAGGACGCGUUCCAAAUGAUAAAUGGGUUCUUAUUAUAAGUUGUGGUUUGCAUUUGGCUGGUUUCUUGGUGAUCCUUAUUCUGCAAGGUGUCAAUGCGCCACCGAGGCAAAUUCGACCUGACCAGUACUUCUUGGACUCCAGGGGAAACAGACGUAAAAUGCAUGAUUGGGAAAUCCAACUGGAGGAGUAUGUGGGUUUGAUUCAAGACUUUUUUCUGCUUCCACAAAUUAUAGGCAACACUAUGUGGCAGUUGAAUGGCAAGCCUCUGAGAAAAGUCUACUAUUUUGGGAUAACGCUGGUUAGGAUCCUUCCGCAUGUUUAUGACUAUGUGAGAGCUCCGGUUUUCAAUCCUUACUUCUCAGAGGAGUAUGAAUUUGUGAAUCCAGCCUUAGAUUUCUAUUCCAAGUUUGACGAUGUUGCCAUUCCAAUGACGGCCAUACUGCUCUCAAUUCUGGUGUAUGUUCAGCAGAGAUGGGACUGCCAUAAAUUUUUUCAGUCUCUCAGAUCUGGAGAGAAAAUAUUUCUGCCUUUAGGUUCCAGAGUUUAUGAGAGGCUGCCUUCUGUCUCAUUUGAAGCAGAGCUCACACCAGGUGUGAAUGAAAGUGCGACGCAAGAUGCCAAACAUAUGGAUGAAGAAUGAUAUACUGCUUACUAUGUUACAAAGUGGUGUCUUCCCUGGUUGUUUGCAGAAAAAUGCUCUUCCCGCUAUGUGUGUUGUUUGCAUACAUAUGAAUGACCUUUCUCGUAACUCUCUGUAAGUCAUAUUUGCAUCAGAAAUGUAGCAUGAAUAUUCAUGUAUAAGAUUUUGAUAGCGUCCUGAA